ACGAUAUUUGAGGAAGGGCGACGUAGAAAGAGCGUCGGGAAAAGUACCGGGGAAGGUUAUGGUACUGUUGCUGCAAGGUGCACAGUCACCCUUGCAUAGUGUACGAUAACAUAAGCAGCACGUGGUUAUCCAAAGGGGCCGAGGCAGCGCCGGGACUGGACGGUGGAGUCGCUUGGACUGUGGAGUGAAAAAAGGCGUAUGAGAGGCUUGAGUCCACAGGCCUGAGUCAGUGGGACGCGAACGAAGCCCACAGCAACCAGACCUCAACUCUUUGUUUUAGAAAUACGAGACACUGAAGAAUGUUGGAUGAACAAUUCUUUACUCUGAAGAGUUGCUGGUGUUACAGUCUGAGGGAAGGAUGCGUAGCCAUAAGUAUCUCCCGACUGUUAAUCAGUCUCCUGAACUUACCAAGGCCAUGCAUCGCUCUCUCCAAAUUCGUCAACGAUUCCAUCAACCAACAAGACAGCAUUUAUAAAGACGAGUUCUUCAUAUGUAUCAUUUUAAUUACAAUAGCUGCGGCAAAUGUCAUUGGCAGUAUCAUCCUAAUCGCCGGCGUCCUAAAGCGUCACCGAAGCAUGAUGAAGACGUGGGUGUACUUCGUCGUCCUCUUCGUGGCCGCACACAUUUACAACAUGUUUAAGAAUCAGGGCCCCCGCAACGGUGUUCAGUUCCUCCUGUCUAUGAUAGACAUUGUUUUCGUCCUUUAUUGUAUGUCCGUGAUACGCUGCUAUUAUCUAUCGGUGGAGGUUAGUGUGGGUCUCGAAGCCCUUUCUUCUCCCCGUUCGGACAACGCUGACGUCGAUGAGAUGUUGCAAAAUGCUGCAGAACGGGAAACUGCAAUGUCAGACCCAAGAUUGUGGGUUGCAGCUCUUAAUGCUUAAACUUGAACUCCAUUGUUAUAUCAAUGACAUUAUCAGUUGCUGCUAUUAUUACUUUCACCACCGUUAAUAUUGUAUCAUUCUCGCCGAGAGCUACAUACAUUUUUUUCAUGCAGUGUUUUAGUACCCAUUUAAUUUCCUUUCAUUCAUAUAUACAAUUAUCAUCGUGUUCUUUUCUUCUGUUCACGCACUAAAAUGUUGAAGAGUUCAAAUGUGGUAUUACAGUUGCAAACCUCUGAUAUUUUUUCCUAUGCCGUGAACAUUGUUUUGUUGAAUCAUAUAGUUCUAGUCAUAGAUAUAUUUUGUAUAAAUAUUUAAAUAAAGAUAAAUAAGAUAAUCUAAUUGAUCAUUUGAGCAAUCCUCUAUUCACUGAUUAUCAUGUGGAAUUUUCAGUUUAUCUAUAU